AUGCGAGGAUUCCAGAUAGUAAUCGUGUCAAUAUUUACGAAAUACCAUCCAUAUUUUUAUGAAAAUCUACAUGUGAGUGCACUGAGGUGCAAUCUAAGCGCACCGAGGAUCAAACUAAGUGCACUGAGGAUCAAUCUAAGCGCACCGAGGUGCAAUCUAAGCACACCGAGGUGCAAUCUAAGCACAACGAGGUGCAAUCUGAGCGCACCGAGGUGCAAUCUAAGCGCACUGAGGUGCAAUCUGAGCGCACCGAGGAUCAAUCUUAAGUGCACCGAGGUGCAAUCUGAGCGCACCGAGGAUCAAUCUGAGCGCACCGAGGAUCAAUCUAAGUGCACCGACGUGCAAUCUAAGCACACCGAGGUGCAAUCUAAGCACACCGAGGUGCAAUCUGAGCGCACCAAGGAUCAAUCUAAGCGCGCUGAGGUGCAAUCUAAGUGCACCGAGGUGCAGUCUAAGCACACUGAGGUGCAAUCUAAGCGCACUGAGGUGCAAUCCAAGUGCACCGAGGAUCAAACUAAGCGCACCAAGGUUCAAUCUAAGCGUGCUGAGGUGCAAUAUAAGCGCACCAAGGUGCAAUCUAAGCGCCCCGAGGUGCAAUCUGAACACACCGAGGUGCAAUCUGAGCGCACCGAGGUGCAAUCUAAGCACACCGAGGUGCAAUCUGAGCGCACUGAGGAUCAAUCUAAGCGCGCUGAAUUGCAAUCUAAGUGCACCGAGGCGCAGUCUAAGUGCACCGAGGUACAGUCCAAGCACACUGAGGUGCAAUCUAAGCGCACUGAGGUGCAAUCCAAGUGCACUGAGGAUCAAACUAAGCGCACCAAGGUUCAAUCUAAGCGUGCUUAGGUGCAAUCUAAGCGCACCAAGGUGCAAUCUAAGCGCCCGAGGUGCAAUCUGAACACACCGAGGUGCAAUCUGAGCGCACAGAGGUGCAAUCUAAGCACACCGAGGUGCAGUCUAAGCGCACCGAGGUGCAAUCUGAGCGCACCGAGGAUCAAUCUAAGCGCACCGAGGUGCAAUCUAAGCACACCGAGGUGCAAUCUGAGCGCACCGAGGAUCAAUCUAAGCGCACCGAGGUGCAAUCUAAGCACACCGAGGAUCAAUCUAAGCGCGCUGAGGUGCAAUCUAAGUGCACCGAGGCGCAGUCUAAGUGCACCGAGGUGCAGUCUAAGCACACUGAGGUGCAAUCUAAGCGCACUGAGGUGCAAUCCAAGUGCACUGAGGAUCAAACUAAGCGCACCAAGGUUCAAUCUAAGCGUGCUGAGGUGCAAUAUAAGCGCACCAAGGUGCAAUAUAAGCGCACCAAGGUGCAAUCUGAACGCACCGAGGUGCAAUCUGAGCGCAACGAGGAUCAAACUAAGUGCACUGAGGUGCAAUCUAAGCUCAUCGAGGUGUAAUCUAAGCGCACCGAGAUGCAAUCUGAGCGCACCUAGGAUCAAACUAAGUACAAUUUAAAUUUUUAAGGUCCUUCCUGCACCUGAAGGCACAUCUCACGAAAUGACAGAAAGUUGUGAGGCGCCCUUUUACUAUUCAUUCCUGAUUUUAUUCAGGAUAAGAUUCAUUUUGUCAAUAAUUUGUUUAUUGA